AUGGAGCUUCUGUUCUGUUGUAGCAGAGAUACAUAGUGUCAAUGGUAGGUUUAGGGCCGUCAGAGCUAGGAGGGAGUCGUUCGCAAAAUCCGACUUCAUCCUUUUUUAAACAAAUUAUUUUCAGGUUAAAAAUUACUAGAGCAUAAACGUCACUCUUUACUCUUUUUAAUAGGCCUAGUAUUUUGAUAACCCGCCGUUCGGAAUGUUAGGAAACAAUUGGUGAAAAUCGGAUAGCUACUGUGAAGGGAAUUAGCAAACUAGCAAACAGUAUUGGGGGAUCCUGGCUGUAGGAGGCAGAAGAAUAGACGGUUAACAAAGAAGAUAUUUUGCAGGUUUCCUAAACAUUUGGAACAUAUAUACUCAAAACUAUUCCAGUUAAAGCUAGCUUUAUCGCUAGCUUUGUUGUUUAGCCAUUUACCAUGGAAUUGAGAGUAGGAAACCGAUACAGACUGGGAAGGAAAAUUGGUUCUGGAUCCUUUGGUGACAUUUAUUUGGGCACUGACAUCUCUGUGGGGGAAGAAGUAGCCAUCAAGCUAGAAUGUGUGAAAACGAAGCACCCACAGCUGCACAUCGAGAGCAAGAUCUACAAGAUGAUGCAAGGAGGCGUUGGUAUUCCAACAAUCAAAUGGUGUGGAGCAGAGGGAGAUUAUAAUGUGAUGGUAAUGGAGCUGCUGGGACCCAGCUUGGAGGAUCUGUUCAACUUCUGCUCUCGCAAGUUCAGCCUUAAAACUGUUCUUCUGCUGGCUGACCAGAUGAUCAGCCGUAUCGAAUACAUCCACUCCAAGAACUUCAUCCACAGAGACGUCAAGCCCGAUAACUUCCUGAUGGGCCUGGGGAAAAAGGGCAACCUUGUUUACAUCAUUGACUUCGGCCUGGCCAAGAAGUACAGAGAUGCUCGCACCCACCAGCACAUCCCUUACCGCGAGAACAAAAACCUGACUGGCACUGCUCGCUACGCUUCCAUUAACACCCACUUGGGAAUAGAGCAGUCUAGACGAGAUGACUUGGAGUCUCUUGGCUAUGUGCUCAUGUACUUUAACCUGGGCUCUCUGCCAUGGCAGGGUCUGAAGGCUGCCACAAAGAGACAGAAGUAUGAGCGAAUCAGUGAGAAGAAAAUGUCCACUCCUAUUGAAGUCCUGUGCAAAGGAUACCCAUCUGAGUUUGCCACAUACCUCAACUUUUGCCGCUCCCUACGGUUUGAUGAUAAGCCCGACUACUCUUACCUGAGACAGCUCUUCAGGAACCUUUUCCACCGACAAGGCUUUUCAUACGACUAUGUCUUUGACUGGAACAUGCUCAAAUUUGGUGCAAACAGAGCAGCAGAAGAUCCAGAGAGAGAACGAAGGGAUCGGGAGGAAAGAUUGCGGCACGGGCGGAAUCCCGCGCCCCGUGGCAUGAUCCCUACCAGCUCAGGUAGACCCAGAGGAACACAAGAAGUAGCACCUCCCACGCCCCUCACGCCAACCUCACACACAGGAAUGGAGCGAGAGCGGAAGGUUAGUAUGAGGUUGCACCGCGGAGCCCCUGUCAACAUUUCCUCCUCAGAUCUAACUGGCCGACAGGACACCUCACGCAUGUCCACUUCACAGAAUAGCAUUCCCUUUGAUCACCACGGCAAGUAGAUGCUGGCCAUGCUCUGGUGUGAGAGACAGCAUUGGGCUCUUUCUCGUGUCACCCCCAGUGGCCUGCAGUCUGCUGUACCUCGAUGAGACCCUACACACGCCUAAAGAGCAGACCAACCACGGCCCUGAUCUGCACUAAGACUUCUCCAGCAGCCUCUAACCAUGUGAAAUCAACCUCAGCAAAUCAAAUCUACAGAGACUUAGUUUCCUCCUUCCUCUCAAUGCAAUUAAAACACUUGAGGCACACAAACCCACACGUUGGACGUUUUUGUUAUUUUGGCAAACACAACACAAACGUUUCUUCACCUACACGCACACGCAUUGAAAGACACCCGGGCACAAUAAGUCGUGCUCAUUAACAUCGCUUUUUGCCAGAAGAUCGCUGGCAAAAUGAGAGGGACGGGGCCGAGGGGGGUGGCGUGACUCUUGGCCGUCGCUGCCUUUGCCCCUCUGACACACCAGGAGGAAGGGGCCGUCCUCAUGUCAUCCAGGGGCCUCUUCAGAAGCAGAGCGUCUUGGCUAAAUUCAUGUACAACUGCUCUGAUUGAUGCACUCUCCUGUUGCAAAAAAAUACUUUAAAACAGCUUGGAAUGCAGCUGUACUGUUAGCCAUUGACAUUUUGCUAAACAUAAUUGUUUUUGUCUUUUGUACACAACAAAAAUUGAUUUCACACUGGCUUCAUUCUUUUGCAAGUGAACCUUUUUAGUUUAACCACUUUAAGCUUAAGGAAAAUAUUAUGUUUGCAAGCGCGUUAGUUCAUGUGGCAGAAUGAAGGCAAUGUCCCUUUUAUGGGUUUUUUUGCGGUUUUGCGUAUAUUAAGUGGAAGGCCAGGCUUUGAAGCAAAUAUAGGUUCGUAAAUGACAAAACGUCAUGACCACAAAACACCCUUUAUUACCAUUGCUCAUUUUAGACUAUUUUUAGUUUUGUCUGCAUCCAACAACCUGGCCCUCAUCAGUUCUUGCUCGUUGAUUUUAUUGCAUUCCCUUGAGCUUUUUUUGUUUCCUGAAAGCUGUGAAAUGCCUGUAUUGUAUAAAUGUUGAUGUUAUUAAUGUUGCUAUUUGUAUCAUUUUACCCCCAAAUUAAGGUUAGUGAUUUUACAAAAAUGCAGGCACGUAUGUGGUCGAGUUGAGACAGUUGGACAGAGUCCAGUUUACUAAAGGAAGUUUAUAGUAGGUUAAGAAUUUAAAAAAGGGCUCCAUCUUUCUGACUGGAGGUGUAUACACGUUAACAAUCGUGUUCUAACCUGACAUUUUUGGGCUUACUUUGAGACGGACUGGUAUGUUGUUUGUUUUUUGUUUCGUUUUUAUGAUUUGAAUAUGUGCAUUACGAUUUGCAAUGGAUGUCUCCUGCCCAGCUUGUCUCAUUGAAAAUACACCAGCCAACAUUUAAAGCCAUGCCGGUUUUUUCUUUGUGUCUGACACUUUUAAAAAUUGAGAUGCAAGUGUUUUUUGGAAAUUUGUUUACUAUUAUUAAUUCUUUUAGUACCACUUUUCCCUUAUUUCGAAAGUGUGGUUCCUUGACUUACUGGUGCUAUAAGUCACAGAGGAAGUUGAGGGCAACCUGCCUGUCCAUAUCAUUCGGCAUAGUAGAGCGUAGGCUUUUUUCUGUAGUCAUGGGGUGGGGGGAUAGUGGUGAAACUCUUAAAUUCUGUUGUCAUGUAUAUAGGAUGUUUCUAGUGAUGGCAAAGUACCAUUUGUCAUAGCCACUGUCUGUGUGUGUGUAUUUGAGUAUGGGGAAAAGGCUAGUGGUUAGAGAGGUGAGAGGGACUUGGUUCCUUGGUUCUAGAUUUAAUAAUUUAGUAUUUUUCUCUCCACUGGUGGUCUCACAGAAACAGCCGGUCCAGUACUGGUGGUGUUUAAAUGUAGGCACAACUACACUUUGUCUGGGAUCGAGUUAUUGUGGAUUUCUCUAUUUUCGUUUUCUGGUUCAUUCUACACAUGACUGCUUGGCCAGUCCUUCUGCAUCACACAAGCAUCACACUGUGCUGUAUCAGGUGGAAUUACAGAAAUCUUCCUUCACUGGGAGAUUUUUUCCUCAUUUGUAUUGCCACUGUAUUUGUGUAUUUUAAAAUGUGUAAAUAAAUUAAUAAGUACUUGUA